CAGACUGCGCAUGCACAAUUGAGGUAAGGGUGAAACAAACUGCACUCAAGGACCCAUUCUUUACGCAUGCGUUGUACUGCUGGCUGAAGCCAAACUUUGGGGGUCCAGGACGCCCUCCUGCACAUGCGCAGGAGACUCAAUGACAGUCACGCGUUGGCUAAGGCUCUGGGGAAAGGGUCGGGCCAUGCUGCAUGUGACCCCGGGGACCUGGGGGGCCAGGGCCCGAGUAUGGCCCCUGUUGCCCGCGCUCCUCGGGACCCCCCGGGCCGUGUCGUCGCUGGCGGCCAAGAUGGGGGAGUAUCGCAAGAUGUGGAACCCCACGGAGCCCCGCGACUGGGCCCAGCAGUACCGCGAGCGCUUCAUUCCGUUCUCCAAGGAGCAACUGCUCCGCCUCCUGAUACAGGAAUUCCACUCAAGUCCAGCAGAGAAGGCGGCUUUGGAGGCAUUCUCGACCCAUGUGGACUUCUGCACCCUGUACCACUACCACCACAUCCUGGCUCAGCUGCAGGCCUUGUAUGACCCCAUCAACCCUGACAGGGAGACCCUUGAGCAGCCAUCGCUAACAGACCCCCAGCGUCUGUCCAAUGAGCAAGAGGUGCUUCGGGCCCUGGGGCCCCUGCUGGCCCAGGCCAACUUCAACCCCCUCUCUGAGGACGCCCUGGCCUAUGCACUGGUGGUCCACCACCCUCAGGAUGAGGUCCAGGUGACAGUAAAUUUGGACCAGUAUAUCUACAUGCAGUUCUGGGCCCUGGGCCAGCGAGUUGGGCACAUGCCCCGUAUGUCCAGUGUGGGCUCCAAGCGUGGCUUCUUCACCAAGUUACCCCCUGCAGAGAGGAGAUACUUUAAGCGGGUGGUGCUGGCAGCCCGGACAAAACGAGGACACCUGGUGCUGAAGAGCUUCAAGGACACACCGCUGGAGGGUCUAGAGCAGCUGCUGCCCGAGCUGAAGGUGCGCACGCCCACCUUGCAGCGUGCCCUGCUCAACUUCACACUGGUGGUUUCUGGCGUGGUGUUCUUCGUCAACGUGGGCAUGGUUGUGCUCACAGAUCUCAAGGUGGCCACCUCCCUGCUGCUGCUGCUCUUUGCCAUUUUUAUGGGCCUCCGGGCCUCCAAGAUGUUCGGGCAGCGGCGCAGCGCCCAGGCCCUGGAGCUGGCGCACAUGCUGUACUAUCGCAGCACGUCCAACAAUUCCGAGCUACUUAGCGCCCUGGCUCUGCGCGCGCAGGACGAGCACACCAAAGAGGCGCUCCUGGCACACAGCUUCCUGGCCCGGCGGCCAGGGGGCGCUAGCGGCCCGCCGGAAGAGACCUCUAAGUGGCUCCAGUCGGAGGUGGAGAACUGGCUCCUGGCCCAGUCAGGCUGUGACGUGUCCUUCGACGGAACUCGGGCCCUGGCCCACCUGCAAGCUCUGACUCCUAGCACGGGGUUGUACCCACCCCCGGGUUUCCCCAAAGUAGGCCCGCUGGCUUCAAUCGCUUCCGAGUUCUCCCCGCAGACCGCACCCAGCAGUAAAAUCCCCUGCCCAGCCCCAGCCCCAGCCCCAGCCCCGCCUCGCCCAGCCUCGCCUAGCCACCAGGCUGGGAACGAAGCACCGCCUCCUCGCGUCAAGCUGUAGAUCAUAGUUACUGCGCUUUGUCUUUCCAACUUCCAAUUACUGACAAGCAAUUUUUGUUACACUAAGCUCAAACUAAGCAGCCAAUCAAAGCAGGCAACAGUUGCUAGGCACACCCCUUCUAAGGAACAGCCAAUCAAAUCCAUUUAGCUCAGCUUCUAGUCCAUUGCUUAGACCCACUCUCAAUAUAAAAAUCCAAAAGUGGUUUAGUUGAGUAGCUGGGGGUGUCAGCCAAUCGCAGCUGUUAAGCUUUGGGUUCUGUAAACCACUAGGUAGAGUUGUUAAUCCUAUGCCCUCCCGAGACUAUAUAUCAUUGUCUUUUUAGUCGGUUUCGGGCAAACCAUCCAUUAUAUGCACAAAGGCGGGGCCCCAGCCGACUACUUUGCAGAGCUGGUUAGCUUUGGUUCUUGACAAACAGCCAAUGACAGCUGCUGGGCGCUACUAACCUUGGACAGCCAGUUGUUGCAGAGAAGCAACUAAUUGGAAUUUCUAAAGCAAACCUAAUCUUUCUACCAACUGCUGCUGCUUAUAUGGCGAGCCAUCUGGUCAACUGCUGAUCAGGGUGUCCAGGCUGAAGGGUUUGGGAACCUUGUGCCAGGCAGAAAUCUCUGGGUCUGGAGGGAACAGAGACCACCCUCACCCCGAGACUCUGCCACUCAGGCUCCCAACAAUCUCAGGUGCCUUCCUUGCCCAGGACCCUCACCAUUUCUACGGAAACUACCUCGGUCUGGAUCUACCCACCACCAGCGGACUGUGCAAUAUUUAUUGGUCUAUCAAUUUCUCCCCAUCCCCUCUCCUAAAGUAAUAAAUCAUGUUUAAUAAAUC